AAGCGGUAUAAUAAAAACAUAGACGUUAUUCUGCUUGGUGAAUCGCACUCGGUCCAAGUAUUAUGACAUAACUGAUGUCUUCGAAGCCAACCGAAGACUGCCGAAAAUGUGCAGGCGUCUUUGAGCAGGGCUUUACGGCCGGGACGAGUGAAGUGCAUUUGUAUUUUUUUUUUUAGCAUUGCCAAUCACUCGGCUGCAGAAGAGCUCAACGUUUACAAGCCCAAUCUACGAACAGACCCCGAGCAUGAGAACGCCGUGAACCAGGCUGGCUAGCUCCGCCGCGCCCCGUGAAGCUUUUCUUUUGAGCUGUGAGCGGCUUCCUCGGGAAGCAGCCCUGACCGUCGGCGAGCCUAAGAUGCCCCAGACGGCGAGAGGUGACAUGUAAAUGGCUUCCAAAGUAAAAGAUGCCGUGGUGUGGUACCAGAAAAAGAUUGGCGCCUACGACCAGCAAAUAUGGGAGAAGUCGGUGGAGCAGCGGGAAAUCAAGUUUAUAUCGCUGGGCCUGAGGAACAAGCCAAAGAAGACGGGUCACGUCAAGCCAGACCUCAUCGACGUGGACCUGGUCAGAGGCUCGGCCUUUGCCAAGGCCAAACCGGAAAGCCCGUGGACCUCGCUGACUCGCAAGGGCAUCGUCCGCGUGGUCUUCUUCCCCUUCUUCUACCGCUGGUGGAUCCAGGUCACCUCCCGAGCCGUCUUCCUCUUGCUGCUGGCUCUCUACCUGUUGCAAGUGGUGGCGGCCCUCCUCUACGCCAGCGUCCCGCAGCCCCACGGCAUCCCCGCCACCGAGGUGUUCGGCGCCAUCUGGCUCAUGCUGCUGCUGGGCACCGUCCACUGCCAGAUCGUCUCCACCCGGACCCCCAAGCCGGCCUGCGGCCUCGGCGGCAAGAGACGCAGGAAGUUGAGGAAGGCGUCUCAGAUGGAGGUGCACAGGGAAGGCGAGGGCUCCAGCACGACCGAUAACACGCAGGAGGGGGGGGGCGGCGCGGCGCACUCCUACUCGGCCUGCGCCACAAACAGCCUGAGCGCUCUCUUCCACGAUUUCUGGCAGGAUCUUUGUAAAGCCGGGUCCAAGAAGUCCAAGCUGUCCAUCGACAAGUCGACGGAGACGGACAACGGCUACGUGUCGCUGGACGGCCGCGUGAGCCACCGCGGCGGCGAGGACGGCCUGCGGCUGCGCCGCGAGCGACGCUGCCAACUCCUGAGCCGCCUGGACGAGGCGCGCUGGGCCGCGCGCGGGCCGCCGUCGCAGGCGCACGCCGUCCGCGCCGGCGCCGCCCUGCACCACCUCGCCGCCGCCAGUAAGGGGGCGGCCGCGUCGGAUGAGGCGUCCAGCGAGGAGGACCCCGAGGCGUCUUACGCGGCCCUCCGCAGGGGAGUCGAGAGACUCGGCGCCGACUGUGCGCUGCGAAACCGCAAGAACACGCACUACAAGAAGCACUACAUCGUGGAGGACGCUCCCAAGUCGGGCACCAGCUGCAGCUCCCGCUGCUCCAGCCUUCGGACUCCGGACUCGGAGAGCACGCGGCACGAGUCGGAGACGGAGGACCUGCUGUGGGAGGACUUCUUGCACUGCGCCGAGUGCAGGUCGUCCUGCACCUCGGAGACGGACGGAGAAGGAGGAGCCGCGCCCGUGUGCCCCCCUAGCAAGAAGGAGUACAGAGACGACCCUUUCCAUCAGGGCCACGCCCCCUGGCUGCACAGCUCCAACCCGGGCCUGGAGAGGGCGAGCGCCAUCGUCUGGGAGGGAAACGAGUGCAAGAAAGCCGACAUGUCCGUCCUGGAGAUCAGCGGCAUGAUCAUGAACAGAGUGAAUCUGAACAACCCGGGAAUCGGUUACCAAGUGUUUGGCAAUCUGGCGUCGGUCACGCUGGGGCUGACGCCCUUCGCCUUCAGGCUGGCCCAGCACCGCGACUUGGACCAGCUGAGCGCGCUCUCGGCCAAUGAGCUGCUGUCGGUGGCGCUGGGGGGCGGCGCCGGCUCGGACGCGCUGGUGCUCACCAUGGUCACGGUGAGCUUCGUGGUGCGGGUGUGCCUCACCUGGCUCUUCUUCUUCUUGCUAAGCGUGGCGGAGAGGACCUACAAGCAGAGGCUGCUGUUUGCCAAACUCUUUGGUCACCUGACCUCAGCCCGAAGAGCCAGGAAAUCGGAAGUUCCUCACUUUCGACUGAAGAAGGUCCAGAACAUCAAAAUGUGGCUGUCGCUACGCUCAUACCUGAAACGCCGAGGCCCCCAACGCUCCGUAGACGUCAUCGUGUCUUCUGCCUUCUUGUUGACGCUCUCGGUGGUCUUCAUCUGCUGCGCUCAGUUGCUGCACGUGCACGAGACGUUCCUGGAGUGUCACUACAACUGGGAGUUGGUGAUCUGGUGUUCCAGUCUGUCACUCUUCCUGCUCAGGUUCGUCACGCUGGGCUCGGAGACCAGCAAGAAGUACAGCAACACCUCCAUUUUGCUCACCGAACAGAUCAACUUGUAUCUCAAAAUGGAGAAGAAGCCCAACAAGAAGGAAGAGCUGACGCUGGUCAACAACGUCUUAAAAUUGGCAACCAAACUACUCAAGGAGCUGGAUAGUCCGUUCCGGCUGUACGGUUUGACCAUGAACCCUCUGCUGUACAACAUCACGCAGGUGGUGAUCCUGUCCGCCGUCUCUGGAGUCAUUUCAGACCUGUUAGGAUUUAACUUGAAGCUGUGGAAAAUCAAGUCGUGACGUUGAGAUGACUGAAAAAGACGACGGCGACGCAUCCUCCGAGUGCUUUGACCUUCAACAAGCUAUUUACCCGCCCAGUGUUUUCACUUUUUAUUUAACUUCCACUAUUUAUGACAUCACACGUUUGCUCCCUUGAGCCUAAAUUAUUAUAUGUUUGUCAUGAAUUGGUUAUCCGCUCAGUCUGACGUUUGAAUUUUGUUUUAUUGAAAUGUAUGGCUUAUUUUUGUUGUUGUUGUUGUUUGCUUUAAAAGUUACUCAUGUGUUCGGUACAAUUUUUCAGUUCAACAUGAAUGUUGCAGCAAAGCAGUCAUGUGACACAAUUGGAAAGGAAAGUAAAAGAACACACACGUAUGGCUGGUUUUCUCGCAUUCUAAAUGGUCUCAAGUUGUGUUCUUUGAUUUUUAUUUGCCCAUUUCAAUCAACAGCAUGUUUGACAGUAUUUUUCAUUCCCAUUUUCUCCUUGAGCAGAGUCCGAACAAAUCUCGAUGUAAACUGAGGUUUUGGGGAGCCGAUGUGAUUGGUCGGUUUACAUGCAUCAGUAUUAGCUUGUGAUGUCGAGGCAACCGGUUUCUUGAGAGCAAAAGACCAUGCACUUUAAACACGUGGAUAAUUUGCGUCAGUCUCAUCAAAUUUAAAUGCUGACAUCAUGUGUUAGCAUGUUGCUAACGCGAUUUGUAAUUGUGUGCGUUUGAAGGAGACCAAAGUGCUUGCUUUUACUGAUUGUUUGCCCCUCUUUUUUCUCUUCUGGUAAAAGAAUGUAUUUGCAGCUUUAAAUUGGUUUUGUCAAGCUGUAGUUUUUGUGUGUGUGGUUUUUAUGUGCUUUUUUUUUGGGUCUCUUUGUAUUUUUUAGUUUGUUCUUCACACUUGUGGGGAGAAGAGGCAUGUUUGAAUAUGUGUUUUAUUUUUUUAAGCAACAAAGAAGUGUAUGUUGAAACAUGAAGUUCAGACGGUCCAAAUAAUUUAAACGUUUGAGAGGGAUUCUAAUAAAAUCCGAGCACUGAAUGGUA